GACACUAUAACGAAGGGCAGAUAGGGUAAACGGUUAGACAAAGCAUUGCACAUUUCUACGGAGCAAUAAGACACCACUCCACAACCUUCCUACCCCAAACCCUAGGUUUUCUUUCGGCCUUCGCGCUCUGCAUUCGAUCGGCAGUCGACGUUGUUCAGUAGCCAUGGCGGAUAUCUCAGACGCGGUGGAUGUGGGUGGAGCUCAGCCCAAGAAGAGAACAUUUAGGAAAUUUUCCUACAGAGGUGUGGAUCUGGACCAGCUCCUUGACAUGGGGACCGACGAGCUCGUCAAGCUUUUUCCUGCUCGCGCUCGGCGAAGGUUUCAGCGGGGUCUUAAGAGGAAGCCUCUGGCUCUCAUCAAGAAGCUUCGCAAAGCAAAACGAGAUGCACCUGCUGGUGAGAAACCUGAGCCUGUGAGGACGCACCUCCGCAGCAUGAUAAUUGUUCCAGAAAUGAUUGGAAGCAUUGUCGGAGUUUAUAAUGGAAAAACUUUCAACCAGGUUGAGAUCAAGCCGGAAAUGAUUGGUCACUAUCUGGCAGAGUUCUCCAUCUCAUACAAGCCUGUGAAGCAUGGCAGGCCUGGCAUUGGUGCCACCCACUCAUCCAGGUUCAUUCCACUCAAGUAAACCAGUAACAAAGACAGAGCUUUUGCUGCUUUAUUUUGACGUGUGCUUUAGUCAUAUGGUUGAAGAUGGUUUCUUUUCUUCUGAACUCCUGAUUUGCUAACUUUUCAGCAGCGCAUUUUUAGACUGGAUAUGUCGGCUUUUGUCCGUAGAAAUAUAUAUUUCUCUUUUAAAAAGAUAAUAAUAUUAAUAAUAAUAAUCAU